CCAAUGGCGGCCAUGGCGAUGGCGAUGGCCGGAAUGAUGAACGGAGAGAGAGCCGUGGUGUUGCUGUUCAUUACUCGCGUCCUCUUUUCCCUCCCCUUCUCUCUCCUCUCCCACGGCGUCGCUCUCUCUCUCCUCGCCCUCUCCGCCCUCUCCCUCGACAUCCUCGCCGAUUCUUCCACCUCCCUCUCCCAAUUCAGCACCAGGCCGGGUGCUUCGUCGGGUAUAUUGUUAGGGGCUGUCACGUUGCCCGCUGUUUUCAUAUCCAAGAUGAUUCAGCUUUCGCGGGCGGUUUCAUUGCACCAAGCUGCCAUUGAAGAACUUGAAUCUUUGACAAUGCAAUACUGGGCUGCUUCUGCCAGCUGCUUGUGUGUGCUGAUUUUCCUCUGCAUAACUAUAAGGCGUUCAUCCGAGAAUAUGCCUCCACCUUCACGUAGUAUUUGGCAUGCAAAGUUUAGCUUAAGUUGCAUGGUAUUGCACACAGCGGUGUGCUGCGUGACUCUUGGUACAUUUUCUCUUACUAGCUUUGACACUGCAUUGAAGUUAUUGUGGAUGCUCUGUCACGGAUUGGCAGCUGUAAAAUUAAUUCAGCAUGUCCUUAGAACUUUCCCGUCUUGUGCUUCCAUUGGGGAAGCAUGUCUAGUGACUUCAGGUCUUGUUCUCUAUUUUGGUGACAUGUUGGCAUAUACCAUUGAAAAGGUGUCUGGGUUUUUUAUGAAAUCAGAGGUGGUACAGUAUGGAAGCAAACGAAGUGAGAUUAGUAUUAUUAUACAGGGGUUGCUGCUUGGCCUUCUUCUUUUCCCAAUGGCCUUUAAAUUUGUUCUCCGAAUGUGGGAAUUCUCAUUAAGUACAGCCCGCUCUGAAGUGAGGACAAACUACGAGAUUUGGAGAUCUGUUAUCUUCUUUUCUUCCCUUGGAUUUAUCAUGAUUGUGAUCAUUCCAUCAUGGAUGCGGUUGGUUCAGGAUUUUCAUAUGCAUCCCUUGUUAUGGGUACUUUCAUUUAUUUUUUCAGAACCAUUUAAGAGAUUAUCUUUGUGUGCGUACUGGAUCUGUGUGAUAUUUGUGUCUGUCUUGAGGUUCUACAAUAUUUCAAAAAAUAGCAAGAUUGAGAGGAUUCUACUCCGAAAGUACUACCAUCUGAUGGCUGUGUCAAUGUUUGUGCCUGCUCUUAUCUUCCAGCCGGAGUUUCUUGAUCUUUCAUUCGGUGCAGCAUUGGCAGUUUUCUUGGCAUUGGAAAUUAUUCGAGUAUGGAGAAUUUGGCCAUUAGGACAAUCUGUAGAUAAAUUUAUGAAUGCUUUCACUGAUCAUCGUGACUCAGAUCUUCUUAUUGUCAGCCACUUUUCACUCUUGUUGGGAUGCGCUCUUCCUAUCUGGAUAUCUUCGGGGUAUAAUGAUCGACCCCUUGCUCCUUUUUCUGGAAUUUUGAGCCUCGGAAUUGGAGAUACAAUGGCAUCAGUUGUUGGGUAUAAGUAUGGUGUCCUCAGGUGGAGUAAAACUGGCAAGAAAACCAUUGAAGGGACUGCGGCUGGUAUAACAUCCGUCCUGGCUGCUUGCUCAGUUCUGCUUCCCCUUUUAGCAUCCACUGGAUAUAUUCUUACAGAGCAUUGGUGCUCUCUUCUCCUAGCCGUGACUGUAAGUGGUAUGUUGGAGGCUUACACAGCACAACUUGAUAAUGCAUUCAUACCGCUCGUAUUCUACAGCCUUCUGUGUUUGUGAAUGGCGCUCCAACCGCCGGGACGAAAAAUAUGUACAGCAGCGAAAAGAGCUGCCUAGAAUCAUCGUCUUUUACGUUCACGGGCUUCCCGUGAGCACUUUCUUUUGUAUAUAUAUACAACUAAUCUGCUGACCGAGGAUGCAUACAGCUUGUUGUACUAAAUUCCUCCAUAGGUUGAAAUGAUUUUUGUUUUAGGAUUUAGGAAUACAUAUAAAGGGCAGUUCAGUUAAUCGUCCCUACUGUGUCGAAAUAGCAUACAAGAAAUCUAGUUUCGAAAUUUUUAUUCUUUAUUUUUCCCUGAGAGGAAGGGGGUUCUGAGGUUGGUUAGGUAGAUAAGCAGAUGGCAGAUACAAAGGAUCCAGAUUUUGUUGGGAGACUCAUACAAUUUGUUGUAUUAAUACAAAUAAAAGCUUCUUUUAUUA